AUGACAAAUUGGCUUUCAGGGAUCCGGAAGAUCGCUUAUUGGCAGUCCGCAGCAGUGAGGGGGCCCCCAGGGGUGGAGGGCUUGGUGUCACAACCAGCCAGGGGAAGGACCCAGGGUGGGGCUUUUCCCGAAGGUAGGUGGGUGGGCAGCCGGGGCGGGGCGGGGCCAGUCGGCCAAGCUCCUACUGCCGCUCGCUCGGCCCGAGUCCCGCAGCCGGGGGAGAAUGGGGCGGUCCCGAGGCUGGGCCGUAGGACGGGGCGGGCCGUGGGCACGGGGCCCGGGCCCCGCCCUCCCUCCGCCCUCCCUCCGCCCUCGCCACCUGAGACAGGUGGAGUCGCCGGAGUGGCUGCCGGAGUCAUGUCCCAGAAGAAGCCGGACCUGGAGCUCGAGCCCCCGGCGGAGUCGGCGCCGCGCUGCUCUGUGCACGCCCAGGAGCUGAAAUGGUUCUGUAGCGCUGAGCGGCGGCUCGUGUGCGCCGGCUGCAAGGGAUCGGGGGGCCCGUGCCGCGAGCACCACGUCCGGAGGGCCGAGGAGCGGGCGGAGGAGCUGCGGGGACUAAGAGUGAGAAUGCAGAAAACUACAUCAUUUUGCAAUAACUCACAAGCAGUAACCUUUCCAAAGUCAACUUCUAGAAGCAAACCUGAGAUGUCUGUCAAGAUGAAGAAGCUGAGGUUCAGGGAAGUUAACCUCAAGAGCACAUAGAUGGCCGAGGCUGGAUUUGAACCCAAGUCCUCCAGUCCAGAGCCGUGGGCCUCGCCCCGGCACCAUCCAGCGAGGGCCGCGAAGGGGGAACCUCGGUGGCCGCCCCUCCGCUGUGGGGCUACAGUCUGACCGGGGGGGGGGGAAGUCUCGUGGGGGCCCUGUCCAGCCCCCGCCUCUGGUACGGGAAUCGGUGUCCCAACGCUGCAGGCGUUCGGCUCUCCUCCCUAGCCCGCCCCCCUCCCACGUUCCCUACCACCUUCAUCCCCACUCCGU